AUGGUAACUUGCUUCCCUUUCUCAGCCAAGAAACUGGGGGUGAUAGUGGCCUUUUUUGUCGGAGCAGCUGUGAUCAUGGGUUGCGCUGCGCAUCUCUCGUACGUCAAGGAACGAAUGAGACAGAAGCAAGGCUAUGGCAAUUGA